AUGCCAUUUCGCAUAACAGCUCUCCUUCUCUUCCUUACCCUCUUCCCACGACGCGCCAUAGCGCAUCAUACUGCAGAUACCCACGACAGGCAUACUGUCUAUCGCCGUGCAGUAACGAACACCAGCAAAGCCGGACUUGCCUGGCCAAACGGCAACAGUAUCGACAUCAACCAGUACCUCUCCACGGGCAAGGUUCAAUGGUACUACACGUGGGGCCCAUCGUCCAUUCAAAGCAACAUUGAGUUCGUCCCCCAGCUCUGGGGGACGAAACAGCUUUCCCAAUGGGACUCGAGCAUCAACGGCACGAUUCGAAGCUUGAACGUCACGCAUGCCCUCGGCUUCAACGAGCGCGAGAUCUCAGGCCAGUCAAACUUGUCGCCGAGCGACGCCUCGGCGCUUUGGCAGGCACACAUAGAGCCUCUCAAGGCACAGGGUAUCCUGCUCGGCUCCCCGGCGCCGAGCAGCUCACCGGCCGGCAAGCAGUGGCUGCUCGACUGGAUGAGCGCGUGCGGGGGCGGGUGCACGAUCGACUUCGUGGCGGUGCAUUAUUACGAUGUCAACUCGACGGGGUUCGUGGAGUACCUCACAGACUACCAUGAUACGUUCCAGAAGCCGGUGUGGGUCACGGAGUGGGCCUGUCAGAACUACAACAACGCGAAUGAACAAUGCUCUCAGCGGGAUGUGGUAGACUUCAUGAAUGCAACUCAGCAGUUCACGGACGAAACGGACUGGCUUGAGCGGUACGCAUGGUUCGAUGCUAUGGAGGACAUGCAAGGCGUUAAUUCAGCAGACGCGUUGAUGAGUUCGGGUGGCAAGAUCAAUCAGCUUGGUGAGCAGUACCUUGGCAUGGUCGCUGCCAAUGUCAGCCCCGAUUAUCAGCCUGGGAUCGUCCACGGAGGUUCUGGCAACUCCAACCCAAAUGGAGGUAGGCAUACGGAUGUGCCGGACAUGGCUCUCCACACGUUCUUCGUUCUCGGUGUCCUCGUAAUGGUUGGGGCUACCCUUACCUGA